AUGCGCUUCUCCCUCAACAGUGAAUGUGGAACUGACCCCAGAGCUUCCUUAGGGUUGCAGGAAGUGAAUACGAACAAGGAUGUUCCCAAGGAGCUGAUCCCGAACUUCUGGGCUGCCGUGAGCUUGGAAACUGGUCCUUCUACAGAGGUCAGGACUGAAGUAGAGUCGGCGGAAAACACCAUGGCACUAGGGGUUGGGAGGGCUUUGGGAACCACCACUGCAGUGCCUGUCACGGGUCCUCAGGUCAGCUCCCUGCAGAGGUUGGCCGGGCAAGGAGCAGCAGUGCUACCUCAGGUUAGGCCAAAGACUCUGAUUCCAGACAGCCUCCCUGUCACCCCGGGCAGGGACCGGCCACCCAAGCAGCCCCCAACAUUCCAAAAGGCCACUGUGGUCAGCAUCAAGAACCCCAGCCCAGCCCUCCCCACUGCCAACAACACCGUCAACCAUGUGCCAACACCCAGCAGCCAGGCCCAGGCCCUCACCGAGCCCACCGCCAUCACCUCACCCCUGAGCAGUGCUGGGGUGGCCUAUGCCAUCAUCUCCACCUCCCCCAGCAAUGCUGCCACCAUCACCCCCAGCACCACCGUGCCCGUGGCCAGCGACAGCAUCAAAGUGCAGCCCCUCCUCAUCAGUGCUGACAAAAAGGUCAUUAUCAUUCAGCCUCAAGUGCAGACGCAGCCCGAGAGUUCAGCAGAGCCCCGGCCACCCACGGAGGAGCCACCUCAGGGAGCUCAGGCCACCAAGGAAGAUCAGCCCCCCAGCCAGGAGAAUCCCGAGAAAAUCGCCUUCAUGGUAGCUCUAGGCCUGGUCACAACAGAACACCUGGAAGAAAUCCAGAGCAAGCGUCAGGAGCGGAAGAGGAGGAGCACGGCGAACCCCGCCUACAGCGGCUUCUUGGAGACCGAGAGGAAGCGGCUAGCCUCCAGUUAUCUCCACAACCCCCUGUUCCUCACAGCACGAGCCAAUGAGGACCCCUGCUGGAAGAGCGAAAUCACUCAUGAUGAGUUCUGUGCUGCCUGCAAGAGAGGAGCCAGCCUGCAGCCCUGUGGCACCUGUUCAGGGGCCUACCACCUCAGCUGCCUGGACCCGCCCCUCAAGACGGCACCCAAGGGCAUGUGGGUCUGCCCCAAGUGCCAGCGGAAGGCCUUAAAGAAAGACGAGGGUGUGCCCUGGACCGGGAUGCUGGCCAUUGUACACUCUUACGUCACCCACAAGACAGUAAAAGAAGAAGAGAAGCAGAAGCUGCUGCAACGUGGCAGCGAGCUGCAGACUGAGCACCAGCAGCUGGAGGAGCGAGACAGGCAGCUGGCCUCAGCUGUGAAGAAAUGCCUGGAGCUGAAGACAAGCCUCCUGACCCGCCAAAGGGGCACACAGUCGUCCCUGGACCGCAUCCGGGCCCUGCUGAGACUGAUCCAGGGUGAGCAGAUGCUCCAGGUCUCUAUGGCAACCACCAGCCCCACCCCACUUCUGGCCGGGCCCUGGACCAAGCCUUCCACCACCACUCUCCGCACUGCCCUCCAGCACCCCCAGAGCCACAACUGACCCCGGGGAUCCGAGUAACACUCACGGGAAGUUACUGGGACCUUGCUCUCAAGACCUGGGGGGAAUCUGUCGGCCUUAAUUCAUAAACUCUAUGAAUUUUAGACAAAAAUAAACUAGACAGAGUGACGGAGAGAGAAAGGAGGAGUGAGCUGAGCAUCCCAGAGCCAGAACCGGCAUGAGGUGGAUCCCUUUACCAGUUGCAGGGGACCACCUGAGGGCCAGGUGAGGGUGUCUCAGGGCACAGGCAGCCCUCCCCUUGGACUGUCAGGCCUCCCUGGCUUUCGGCUUUCAUGGCCAGCUCUCUUGUGGUGUUCCCCUCAGGAGAGGCAGACUUCAGGCUGUGGAGAGGGAGGCAGACUAGACCCAGCACAGCCUGUGGGGAGGCAAGGGACCACAGACAGCUGCUUAGUGGGGUGGGCAGGUGAGCCUCUGGUACAAGAGAGGGUAGCUAACCUAGGUAGUUCUCCAGUGGCCCUUGGGCUCCCCAUGCCCUGCUGGCCAGCCCCCAAUCCAUCAGUAUUACUAUGUUGAAAUUCUGUCAUUGAACUAGACAAAUGACAGACCAGCUUCUCCUGGGGUCACUGCUGCAUGGGCUGCCCAGCCUGGCCUCUGCCUCAUUCUUCCCAAGCUCAUGCUCUUGCUGCGGCCCACCUCUUCCUAUUGCCAAUCUCUGGAAUUUUCCUCAUGGAGUUCUGGGCUAGACAGAGCAGUCGCCCACCGUGGGAGACCCCUGGCAGCUUUCAGCUCAUGAUGGAAGCCUUUAGAGCACUCUCCUGUGCAGGACCCGAUGAGCGUCCUGCCCACUUCUUGCCAGUUAAAGACACUAUGCCAAAAAGAGCUUCACACUUUUUGUAUAGCGGUUUUUUUUGUUGUUGUUGUUGUGCGAUCCGUAAUGUGAACCGCGCCCCUGCCUGCCUUCCCCUGCAUCUGGAAGUCUCUGCUCCAAUACAGGAAUGGAUAACCUCCCCUGACAGGGGCCAGAUGGAGCACCCGGAAGGGAUCUAGAGAUCCAGAGGGGAGGCAGAGAGGGUGGUGCACUUGGGGGCCUGGCCUUUGGAGAUGCCAGCGCCCCCCUCCUCAAUGCUGCCUCCUCAUUUGCAGGGAGUGCAGGUCCCUAGGCAUCCUGGGGGUUCCUGCACACUCUGGGAGCCAUGCAGCCCACUCCAUAAGCCCCACCCUGUCCUGAGGGACACAGCACAACCCUUACGCGAUCAGGAGCCGCAGGGCUCCCCGAGCAUAUCACAUGGUGCCGAAUUGCAGCGAGCACUCGUGCAUGCGCCAGGGCCACAGCCGCACAUCUGGGCCCGCAGACACAAGUGCAGAGUGGGAAGGCCGGCUGGGACCCCACCACCAGCCCCUGUCCCUCUUGUCAUUUUUUUUCACGACUCCGGGAGAAACUGUGCUGUAAGGAUACAAAUCUAUUUUAAUACACAUUACACUGGGUUGAACAAGAUUUUUAUAUUCUUUUAUCGAUGAACGGCGCGAGCCGCGGGAGGCGCGCGUCUUUAUAUAUUGGUUACGAGGUGCCGAUUAUGCGUCACCGCACGGCUGGCGACGUAACCGUCUUCAGGUUCUUCUUUCGUUGGUUUGGGUUUUUUUUCUUCUUGGAUGGAUUGAGUUCGAUUUUGUAAGAAACGUGGGAGGAUGUGGAAGGUUGGACCCGGGAGGGGGAGCUGCUGACGUGUCUUGAGACUUAGUUUUUUUUUUUGGGGACCAAGGAGGACCGUCCAGUGGAUAGUGGCUAGAGAAAGUGUUUGUCUUUAAAUAUACCAGUGUAGUUUUUCCUUCUGUAUGAUGCAUUAAACCCAAUUUCAAAG